AUGCAGUUCCCAAUCCUCUUAGCCCUCUUCUUUGGCUUCGUCGCAGCCGCCCCUCGAGCCAGCGACCUAGCUGCCCCAGAGAAGGUCAAGAUCAGGGGAGUCAGCCUCCUGGGAACCGGAUGCCCGGCUGGCACCGCCGACGUUCAGGUCGACGCCACUGGCUCUCUCUUUGAAGCCACCUUUUCGGCGUACGAAGUCGAGACUGGCCCACACACCUUUCCUUCCGACUGGCGCAAAAACUGCAAGUUGACCCUGAAUAUGGAGUUCAGCUCUGGGUUCCAAUUCUCCAUUGUAGAAACCGACAUGAUCGGCUUCGCGGAGAUUCCCGCCGGCGUCAGGGGCCAGUGUAUAAACACCUUCUCCUUUACUGGUAACGGCGCAGAGCACGUCGACUACGCCAUCAAAUUGGCUGGAAAAUACAGCGGUCGUUUUGAUUUACAAUCGCGCCCUGGUCUCUAUUCUUGGUCGCCAUGCGGCGGCAGCACGGCAAUUUUAAACAUGAACACGGCUUGCAACAUUAGCCCGACGGAUCUGCCUGCCCUCAUUGCUGUUGACCACAUCAGCGGCAAGCUGACCGUCAAGUUCGCCGUUGAGUGGAGACGCUGCCCCAAGGUAUAA